UCACUUCCGCUCCUUCCUCUGUCUUCCAUCUUCCUCACCGCGUGUGUGUGUGCCCAGCGUACAGAUGAAAGAGACAAUAAUGAACCAGGAAAAACUCGCCAAACUGCAGGCACAAGUCCGCAUCGGUGGAAAGGGCACUGCCCGCAGAAAGAAGAAGGUGGUCCAUAGAACAGCCACUGCUGAUGACAAGAAGCUCCAGUUCUCUCUGAAGAAGCUUGGCGUCAACAACAUUUCUGGCAUUGAGGAGGUCAACAUGUUCACAAACCAGGGGACAGUCAUCCAUUUCAACAACCCGAAAGUGCAGGCAUCCCUGGCGGCCAAUACCUUCACCAUCACCGGCCAUGCCGAGACCAAGCAGCUGACAGAGAUGUUGCCCAGCAUCCUGAACCAGUUGGGAGCUGACAGCCUGACCAGUCUCCGGAGACUGGCUGAGUCCCUGCCCAAGCAGGCCGGAGAUGGAAAAGCACCUGUUGCUGCUGCUGAGGAAGAUGAUGACGAAGUUCCAGACCUCGUGGAGAAUUUUGAUGAGGCUUCAAAGAACGAAGCAAACUAAGGAGCAUGCCGCAAUCAGAUUCACCCCUGACUGGGUCAUGUGGAACAGCUGUUUUGUAUUUGUCAUUUAAUCUGUAAUGUUAAAUGACCUUUUUUGGUAUUGAUAUCUCAUGUCCACAUCAGGAUUGAGAAAUCUUCACAUUGUCCAUAAAUUAUCCCACUGUGCUGUAUCACUGUAUUCCAUAUUUUUGCAGCCUUGUUGAAAUUAACCUGUCUGGAAUAAACUUUUGCAUUUAAGAAAUGCUAAUUAAAUUUAAAG